GUCCAGGGGCUUAGUAUAAAUGGCCCAAGAGGGUGAGGUAACUUCAAGCAUUCACUGGGUGCUGCUGACUGCACCGGUUCUCACGUUCUCUGGCAGCAUGAGGGGCCCCACUCUCGCUCUGUUUCUCUUCUCCGUCCUGUUGACUGCGGUGCAAGCAAGGAGCAGGGAGACUGUGAAGCUCUGUGGCCUCGACUACGUAAGAACAGUGGUCUACAUCUGUGCCAGCUCUCGAUGGAGGAGGCACCUGGAGGAGGCGCCCCCAACUCAGCGAGCCCAGCCAAGAAGCCACUUUCAUCUCCCAGACAGACAGGAGACAUCCAAGGAAACUCUUGAGCACAAGCUUCCCGAGAUGGAUUUCUCAGGCCAGGAGCUUGUUCAGGAUCCACAGACGCCCGUGGAAAGGUUUUGGCAGUGGAAGAAGUACUCAGUGAUGUCCAAACGAGAUCUGUGCUGCACAGAAGGCUGCUCCAUGACUGAGCUCAGUACACUCUGUUAGGAAGUGCCUAUACCCACGGGCGAGCUUCAGCAUAUAUCUAAUUGGUAUUCUACCACUGAGUCCCAGCAUCUAUCACUACAGUCAUGGUUU